GAAAACAAGAUGGCUUCUAUGUUGCGGCACCUCAAAUAUUGCAGACGAUCGGUGAUAACAGCCCUUCAGCAAUGUCAGGCCAGGCAGAUGUCGCAGUUUCCCGACUCCUGCUUUCCACAGAUCACCACACAUUACACUGUCAAACCCAGGGAGAACGAUCCUAGAUGGAAAGACAUAGAAAUGGAGCGUUAUGUUGACGAGGUGGAUGUGGUCAUUGUGGGUGGAGGCCCAGCAGGACUGAGUGCAGCCUGCCGUCUCAAACAGCUUGCUAACGAUCAGGGAAAGGAAAUGAGGGUCACGGUCGUGGAGAAGGCUGCAGAAAUGGGUGGACAUAUCCUGUCUGGUGCUGUUAUUGAAACAAAGGCUCUGGAUGAACUCUUCCCUGAUUGGAAAGAAAGAGAGGCACCCCUCAACACACCUGUGACAAAAGAUUCCUUCAAGUUUCUUACAAAAACUGGCAGCAUUCCAAUUCCAAUGGUUCCUGGUCAGCCGAUGAACAACCAUGGUAACUACAUUGUAAGACUGGGACACUUUGUACGCUGGCUUGGGGAGCAGGCUGAACAAUUGGGUGUGGAGCUGUAUCCAGGCUGUGCCGCCAGUGAGAUUCUGUAUAACGAAGAUGGCAGUGUAAAAGGAAUAGCUACAAAUGAUGUUGGAAUACACAGGGAUGGUUCACCAAAGGAGACAUUUGAGCGAGGUAUGGAGCUCCACGCCAAGAUGACCAUUCUCGGCGAGGGUUGCCACGGUUCUCUGACCAAAGACCUGUACAAGAAGUUCAACAUGCGUGAGAACUGCCAGCCUAUGACAUACGGUAUCGGGGUGAAGGAGCUCUGGGAGAUCGACCCGGCCAAACACCAGCCAGGAUAUGUCAUGCACACUAUUGGAUGGCCCUUUGACAAGAACACUUAUGGAGGCACAUUCAUGUAUCACCUGGAUGAUGGCCCACUUGUAGCUGUUGGUCUUGUGGUUGGUCUUGAUUAUGAGAACCCGUACUUGAGCCCCUUCCAGGAACUUCAGCGCUGGAAGACUCACCCGGCCGUCAUUGACACAUUUAAGGGAGGUAGCCGGAUAGGCUACGGGGCGCGGGCACUCAAUGAAGGCGGUUACCAGUCUAUCCCGGACCUGACCUUCCCAGGCGGCUGUGUGAUCGGGUGUUCUGCGGGCUUCCUGAAUGUGCCCAAGGUCAAGGGCACCCACCUUGCCAUGAAGAGUGGCAUGCUGGCUGCAGAGUCGAUAUUUGAGAACCUUAAAGAGGAGAACCAGGCUGACACUUUACAGGCCAAGACCCCAUCAAUGUACCAGGAGACCCUCAAGAAUAGUUGGGUAUGGAAGGAGUUGUACAGUGUUAGGAAUGUCCGUCCAUCCUUCAACACCCCCCUGGGGCUGUACGGAGGGGUCACAUACACAGCUUUCUUCUACAUAUUGUGUCGCGGCAAGGAGCCAUGGACACUCAAGCAUAAAGGUGCUGAUAAUAAACAUCUCAAGCCAGCCUCAGAAUGUACACCAAUAGAAUACCCAAAGCCUGAUGGCCAGAUAACCUUUGACCUCCUGUCAUCAGUGGCUCUUACGGGCACGAAUCACGACCACGACCAGCCACCCCACCUCACAUUGAUGGAUGAUACAGUUCCCGUGAAAAAUAACCUUGCCCUCUAUGAUGGGCCCGAGGGGCGAUUUUGUCCUGCUGGUGUAUACGAGUAUGUUGAGACGGAGGAUGGGCUCGGGAAGCGACUCCAGAUCAACGCCCAGAACUGCAUCCACUGCAAGACUUGUGAUAUCAAAGACAUCACCCAGAACAUUAACUGGGUUACGCCUCAGGGAGGGGAGGGGCCUGCAUACAAUGGCAUGUGAGGCGAUGGUGUGAAAUUCAAGAGAGUGGUGCAUAAUGAACCAUUGUCAUAAAUAACUCAUUUCUGCUCAGAUGGAUGGAUCGGAUAUGUAACAGUGAUAUUGUGAAGCCCGGGAUCAAAUUAUUCAAGCAGCUGCAAAGUCUUUGGUCUCAUUCUAGGUCGCAGUCCAAAUACAGUAUACACACUUUGUGGCAAACUUCCCAAAAAUAUAAACAAAGGUGUAAUUUGUGAUAAAACUUUAUGCAAAUAACUGGUUUUACUUCAGAUCAUCUUCAAAAUCAGCUGGGAUGGAAAAGUUUGUGUUAUAUGAAUGCCUUUGGCUAUAUAAGAAGUAUCAAUGUUAUAUUAAGAAAUAUUUAAUCAACAAAACUAGUGUAUAACAAUGGUGAUUUUUAAGCAUGUCUGCAGCAGUUUCUUGAUACUGGUAGGUAGGUGCAUUAGGGUGUUUGGUGUUAUAUUUUGUGUGCUGAAAAUUAGUUCCCUUUUUUUCAAAUUAUUUAAAAAAUAAUUUCUGAUAUUGAAAGAUAUGUACAGGGUUUAAGUCAUUGUUAAAACAUAUUCAGAUAGGUAAAAUUUUAAUGAUAAAGGAGGGCAAGGCGUCAAGUCCUAAGUCAUUCACAUUUUACCUAGUAUGUUCUCAUUAUAUUAGAUUGUUACCUGUUUUCAGCAGAUGUCUGUUUGUCAAGUUGUAUAACUACUUAAUAAUUAAGCUCGGUGCUUAUUAAAAGCUGGUUUUAAUCUGAAUACUUUAUUAUGUAAUAAGUGUGUUUGGUUUAUGUUAAGAGAUUAUGUUCUUAAAGGUAUAUAAAGUUGACAGUAGUUGUGUAUGAGAGGAUUUUAACUGUUUUGCAGUUAAAAAUUAAAUUGUUUAUAUAAAUUUACAUAUGUCAUGUUUGAAAUAAAUACAGAUUGAAACAAA